AUGUACCUAAAAGAAGAAUUUGAAGACAAUGUUUUUUUCUUUGACAUGCUGCAAAGUGAGUUUUUAAAAUUUGCCCAAAUAGAUGAAAAGGGAUUUAUCAGCGUAGAUGAAGAGGGAGUAGAAGCAGCAAGUGGACUUGCUGUCACGAUGGUACCAGCAGAAUUCAACAAAGAGAUCAUUUCUCCAGAUGGACUAAAGAUGUCGGAAAUGUCCAUAAAAACCGUAAUUUCCAACCGAUUUGCGAAAACUUUAGUAACGUGCAAGGUCCAAAACAACGACAAGUCAGCGAAAGAAGCCACUUUUACUGUUGUGUUACCUGAAACGGCAUUUAUUACAGAGUUUGUUAUGGAAAUGGACGGUAAAAGUUACAAAUCUUAUAUAAAAGGAGUGGAAGAAGCUAGAUCUGUUUACGAUGAGGCCUUAGCUCGUGGUAAGAGCGCAGGGAUCGUCGAAGCCGACGCGAGAGACUCGACACAAUUCAACGUGUCUGUAAACAUGGAACCUCAAUCUAUAGCUGUCUUCUUGCUGACAUACGAAGAAAUGCUCCAGCGUAUCCACGAUCAAUACGAGCUGGUGUUAAAUAUUUGUCCAGGGAGAAUUGUAGACAAUCUACACGUGGAG